GUGUUCCUUUAGUUCCCUUAAAAGCUGCUCUGGAGCACAUUCUCACCCACGAUACCUCCCAUCUUCCCCUCUCUUGUUUCAAUAUCGAAUAUGGACAAGCUGAAUAUUCUGAUGUGCGGUGCUGGCGAGUACACUACCGGAUGGACAGAAUCUGGCGCAUCAAAGUCAGACAAGAAGAUCGGAGUUGUUGCUUUAACAUGCUUUGAUCUUCGAAGGCUAGGAAAAGUGCAUAAGCUUGGAAUGGCUGGUGUCACCGGCCCCAAGUUUCCCGUCAUCAGGGAACACUUGGCUCAAAACAUCGCAGGCGUUUACAAGGAUAUGGAUACAAUUUUUGAUUCAUUCCCAGACGUGGAUAAAAUCGAUCCAGAAGCUUACAAGUCUGCUAUGGACAAGAUGAAGCCCGGAGAUGCGGCUAUAAUUUUUACACCAGACCGUAUGAUCUUAUACUUUUCGGAUCGAAAUAUAGCUUUGCUUAUCUGUGGAUCAGCUACGCACUACCCUAUUGCUAUGUACGCCAUUGAACGCGGAAUUCAUGUCCUCGUUACGAAACCUGCUGUCAAAUUACUGUCGGAUCACAACAAGUUAAUAGCGGCUGCCAAAAAGCACAAUGUUAUUUGUUUCGUUGAACAUCAUAAAAGAUUCGAUCCCGUAUACAGCGACGCCAAAGCCAAAGCCGCGAGCUUGGGCGAGUUUAACUUUUUCAGCGCGUGGAUGAGCCAGCCGAAGAGCCAGCUUGAGACUUUCCGGGCAUGGGCUGGUAAAGAUUCAGAUAUCAGCUACUACCUUUCAUCGCAUCAUAUAGACAUCUGCUGCUGGAUCCUUCAGGACAUUGCAGUUCCAACGCGGGUUGUUGCAAGUGCUGCCACCGGUAUUGCAACUAGCGAGCCUUACAACUGUGUUCCCCAAACCGAAGAUACUAUUACGCUCAUGGUAGAUUGGCAGUCAAUUAAGAGCCCGAAACACCGAGGCACAGGAGUCUACACAGCGAGCUGGACAGCACCCUUAAAAUCCGGUGUUCAUUCUGCUCAGCAGUGGUAUUACAUGGGGGAGAAGGGUGAUAUUACUGUAGACCAGGCUCACCGUGGUUACGAUGUGACUGUCGACGAUGCUGGCAAGUCGUGGUAUAACCCCUUCUAUAUGAAAUAUUCACCUUCCGAAAGCGGGCAUUUUGACGGACAACGAGGGUAUGGCUAUGUUUCCAUCGAGAAAUUUGUCGACGCGGCUCGCAGUGUCAAUGCAGGACUAAUCAAACCUGCGGAUUACGAUUUACACGGCCUUCCGACAAUCGCAAACACCGUGCUCACAACUGCGAUCUUGAACGCCGGUCGCAUCAGUCUUGACGAGAAGCGACCGGUAGGUAUUAAGAAAGAUGGUGAUACUUGGGUUUUGCUGUGAACGAAGUUCUUCUGGGUGUUAGAACUUCAGAAUUCCUCACCCAAGGUUUGUUAUCAUGUGGCGAGAAGUUUUUAUGCAUCUGUAUAUCAACCGGCUGCGAUGAAAGGGCCGUGUCAAAAUAAGGAUAAAGGUAUUACAUACUUGAAUUCGAACAGUGAUGAUAUUACCUUCUGUGCGGGGGU